GGUGAGAGAUGUGGUUCCCGGGCUGGAUAUUGUUUUUCGUGGUGACGAUGAGCUCCAGCAGCAUGGAGCAACCGAUCUUCUUCAAGAACGUGUUAAAAGGACUGAACGGCGGUGGGACCACGCCGAGGCCCAGAAUUCCCGUCAAGAACGAGAUCACGGCGGUCUACUAUUACGAUCAGACGAUCGCGGUGGUCGACAUCGGGGCUAACAACGAGCUACAAAACUGCGACCUGAUCGAAGUUUACGAGCAAGAAGAAGCUAACGAGGUGUUGAGGAACCUGUCCGUGUCGACGAUACCGAUACAGGUGUCGUUUCCCGAAAUAACGAAGCUCAUGCAACAGUGCGAGUUACUGGAUAAAAUACAACAGGACGUUCUGACGUCCACGAUGUCUAGUAAUUUGAGCAGGGGGACGCGCGUCGUCGGCAACUCGCUGUCCCUUCUUUCGGGCAUUCUUCCAGGAACCAAGUGGUGUGGUACAGGGGACAUCGCAGACGGCUAUCAUGAUCUGGGUCAAGAAGUAGAAAUCGAUAGGUGCUGUCGCAGCCAUGAUCUCUGCCCUGUUAAAGUACGCGCGCAUCGAACGCGAUACAAUCUCACCAAUUACUCCUGGUAUACAAAAUCGCACUGCACCUGCGACGAGGCACUGUACCGCUGCUUGAAGGCGAGUAGGCAUUCAACGGCAGACAUUAUGGGCCACAUUUAUUUCAAUCUAGUGAAAGUACCUUGUAUACAAGACGUUACGAGGGACGACCAUACUUCCAUUGGAAUACGACGAGAAUUUAUUCCUGUCAAAAUGAAUUAUUAAGAUGAUAAUCUUAUCGCAAUAGGUUGUUGUGUAAUUGAUAACGAGCGUAGUUUAUAUUGUAUAAUAACAAUUUUAAUAUUUUUGUAUCGAAACGCUGUAUACAAGUAUGCUCUCGGGAUAGAAAGUCUGGAAA